GUAUACUGUAUUUAGUUGACUGUAGUUUUGUGUGUCGAUUUCUGUAAUACGUGCGAAUACGCGGCGUAGUUUUCUACUACUGUUUCUAUUAUAAGUAUCUAUUGUUUAUUUAUGCAAUGAUUGAUGUGCAGAAUGAAGAUUAUGAAGCUUCAAAGCUAUAGUUAAACUAGAUCUUGUUAUUUUCGUUAAAACUAAUCGAGGCAGAACGAAACGGAAAUUUAAAAAAGUGAAAAAAGUGACAGCUGCUGCAUCGAAUCUUCAGAGCCAAGGAAAAAGGAAGAUAGUAAUUUAUGAACAAGAGAGGAAUCUUUCUCGUGAUUUGAAAAUUUCGACGAAAUUGACAAGACAACAGCAGUGGCCCAUUGUAUCUCGUAUCAAAAGGAAGAAAAAUCUCUCUGAAGCAGCAUAGAAUGGAUAUACAAGGAGAAAUGUCUCGCAAUGGACCUGGUCUUUACGAGUUUCUUAUGGAAGCUGAGUUGCAACAGUAUUAUCCUGGUAUUCGAGGGGACUUGAAGGUGCAAACAACAGCGCAAUUGAAAUAUGUGACAGAAGAAGAUUUGAGUGCGAUAGGAAUGAGCAAGCCAGAGAUGCGUCGUCUAAAGAAAUACUUUCAGAAACAUUUUCCUCAAAAUUAUUUAUCCAAAUUUAAGAAAAUGCUACUACCAAAACGCGAAGAGCAACCUUCUGGUAUUAUGGGCAUGUUACCAGAAGAAAGACAUAACAAACAAUCAGUAAUACGUGUUCCCAAUAAACACAUGAUUCCGGCUGAUGCAAUUAUUGUAAAUAAAGAACUUGGGACUGGUGAAUUUGGAGUCGUACAGCAAGGAGUAUGGACUAAUGAUGGUGAAAGGAUACAAGUUGCCAUUAAAUGUCUGUCACGCGAGAGGAUGCAGAAUAAUCCCAUAGAAUUUUUGAAGGAGGCCGCGAUAAUGCAUGCAAUUGAUCAUGAGCAUAUUGUGAGACUAUAUGGCGUCGUGCUCGAUACGAACUCGCUGAUGCUCGUUACAGAAUUAGCUCCACUGCGCUCAUUACUAGAAUGCCUUAAGGAACCCAGUUUGCGCGCUAGUUUUCCUGUCUUAUCGCUGUGUGAUUUUGCUGUGCAAAUCGCUGACGGAAUGCAAUAUCUGGAAGCGAAAAGAUUGAUACAUCGUGAUCUUGCUGCCAGAAACAUUCUUGUGUUUUCUAAGAACAAGGUAAAAAUAUCGGAUUUCGGAUUAUCACGCGCUUUAGGAGUGGGUAAAGAUUAUUAUCAAACGAAUUUCAAUGUUAAUUUGAAGCUGCCUAUUGCGUGGUGCGCACCUGAAUGCAUAUCAUAUUUGAAGUUCACGACGGCGAGUGAUGUUUGGGCAUAUGGAGUAACAUUAUAUGAGAUGUUUAGUUACGGAUUUCAGCCUUGGGCAGCGCUGACCGGCCAUCAAAUUCUUGAAGCAAUAGACGAACCUAAUUUUCAGAGAUUAGAACAACCUGAGUGCUGUCCAAAAGACUAUUUUACUUUGAUGCAACAAUGUUGGCAACACGAACCCUCAAAGAGGCCCAAAUUCUCCGAAUUGAUUAAUGUACUACCCGAUCUGAAACCUGAGCAAGUGCAGGCAGUCCAAGAUAGCACCGAGCCAGGUCAGCUCGUUUACAGACAGAGCGAUAUAAUCACAGUUUUGGACAAAGGUAGCAGUAAUACUUUGUGGAAGGGCGUCCUAAAUAAUGGCAAAACGGGAUUUUUUAAUCCGGCUCACACAAUCGCAUAUCUUGGAUCCAAUCUACCUAGUAAUAAACUCGGCGAAUUUACACGAGGAGAUGGUAAAAAUGCUUUCUCCUCGCAACGUAGAAAAAUUCGAACGGACAUGAUAUCCUCUCCACAAGGCGAUCUCAAGCAUACUGGUCACGUAGGUUUAGAUGGAGCAUAUUUUGGUGAUAUUAGUUUUCUUGGAAAGUAUCCGCAUUUGCCUCGUCAAGUUGUGACGCCGUACAAACCGCAGGAAGAUGCAACCGAUAAUUUUAGUAAAAUUUCAACUCAGAAUGCAAGAAGCAUAGACAUGAAUAGGGAAUCGACAAGAGAAAGUAGAAGCAUACAACAAGAAACUGAAAAGAGCCUAUGGUCUGAUAUGAAUUCGGAGAUAUGUCAUGCUACCGGCAACAACGCAAACAAGCAAGCUAUGACAUCCAAUAUAGGUAGUAAUACUGAUACUCUUGGAGCUGACCAUGAAUACCAUGAAAUCAGUGAUGAAGAAAAUCAAGAUAGUCCGUUAAAAUUUGAUAAGACAUUAAAUUUUGAUUUUGGUCCAAGUCUUUUGGCAGAAAUGGAUCAAAUGUUCAGAUCAUUAGGUUCUUCGCCUUCUGGCCAUUCUUUAUCCAUUGAACAUGAAUCAAGCAACGCAAGAAACGAACUGAGGGAAAUUCAAGCAAAACAGUGUAUUAAAAAGAAGCAAGCCACCGUGAGUCCAAUAAAUGUGAAGCCUAUCUCAGCUGCCGAUCAGAAAACUCUCUACUCAGCUAUUGCUAUGGCACAAGAACUGACAGCACGUUCUAUGACAGAUCUUGAACAUCCUCCGGAAUCUCCCCGUACUCCUGUCAGUCCUUCAAGGCGUAGGAAAUUCUCUUUUAAGUUGCCACAUCAACACAGCCCUAAGCCGGACAGACGACACUUUUCCGAAGAAGCUGCCAGUAUACCUGAUAUACAGGCCACCCUGUCAGAAGAAGCUAAGGAAGUGUACAACAGUUUGGUGGAGACGCCAACAUUGGAAAGUACUGGGGAUACGAAUCCGUUGCGCAUGUUACGUUCCGGAUUAUCUAUAGUAAGGCCUAGAAUUCGUGGGAACAAACAUGCCACUCUGGGCUACCCAGUGUUAUCGCAGUCAGAAGACGUAUCUGGUGAGCAUGGCUUCCAUUUCGAGAUGCACCAUAGCGGUGCGAUGACUUUGCCCAAAAUCCGAGCACCUCCAUCGCCUCAUGCAAUUUUAUCUCUGCCUCAAUCACGCAUUCUUGAAAGACAUCACUCUAUGGAAAUAGAGAAUAAUCAGAAUCAGAGUAACAUCGAUGAGAACCCAAUACCUCUACCGCCUAGAGACCGCUCAAAGACACUUCAGCCCAAAUCUAGUUUACCACGACAUCAAAGGAAGCAUCCUUUGAUCAUACCUGGAGGUGGUGUCACAAGAACGCUAGCCAAGAUGGCAAUAACCAUGCCAUCCGUAGAAGAUCAAGUGGACGGACAUUUCAUGUUACAGAAUUUUGAUAUGGCAAUCGGUGAGACUUUGCUACAGGACAACUAUCUUUCAGAAGCUUCUGUUAAUAGUCCAGAGGAAUUCGAACAACGCAUAGAUUCCGAGCUAGCUGCACUGGAUUCAUUACCUAUUGAAGAAUGCCGACUUCGACGAUUUAGCGUGAUCUCAGAGGAUUUGCUGGAAUUCUCAGAUAACUUAAUCGAGUGCAACGACAUGCCGGAUAUACGUCAGAAUGUUUCGGAAACAAGCAAUGAGAAACAAUCGAGUAAUUCAUCAACAAUGACCGAUAAGUUACGCAGAAAAAACAGCGCUGAACCAAAAUGCUCCUUAAAAAGCUUUGCAUCUAAAGUACAAGAAAACACGGAAAGAGAUCUAAGCCAGAAUCCGGUGACAAUUAGUUCUUGUAGAUCAGAAGACUGGAACAAGAUAAAUUCCUCGAUCAGAGUUCAAAUUCCGUCAACAAUACAGCAGACACCACUAAAUUACUCUUCACAAACAAACGUGGAAGAAAUCUCUUCCAAAUACGAAGCUUUUCAUUGUGAGGAACCUUUGGUACAUAUUGGCUCAAACAACAAUUUUCAUUUGACUACUAUUCCAAAAGCAUACCAUUUAUCCAACGAAAAAACAUCGAGUUGUGAUAUCGUAAGUGACUUGUCACGACAAUCGGACCAUGUUUCUUGUGAAGAUCUAUUAGAAUUUGCGUGUGACGGGCCAAAUACACGAAGAACUCGUGGACCUCGAAACGGAGAACAAUCUGAUGAAGUACGAAUCAUGCUGAAGGUGUUGCAUGAACAGUCAACCCCAGAAUCCUGCAUUGCUGCAUUGAAUGUCACGGAAUGGGACGUUCUAGCUGCAAUUAAACUGGAACGACUUCAAGGAUUACUGAAAAAGGAAAAUAGUUUUGUCGGCCUUGAAGAUUGCAAAGUGAUACUGAACCAGUGUGGUGGUGAUGUCGUGAAAGCGGCUGCGCUAUUGCGAAACACGGACGAUGCUGCCGCGGUUUAGUUUAGAUUCACGAAGAAUAUAUAAAGAUUGAUUGAAAAGUUUUUUUGUAACAUCUUUUA